CCGCCAGCCGGGGCACGCCUCUCCCCGUGAACAGGAGCGCAGGGAGCCCCGGACGGCCACAUGUCGCUCCGGCCUCAUCCUCUCCGUGGCUGGGUUCUUCUACCUCAAGCGCUCCAGCAAACUCCCCGGGGUCUUCUACAGGAGAAGCAAAGCCCCAGCCCUGCAGCCUGGCGAAGCCGCUGCGAUGAUCCCCCCACCUCAGUCCUCAGUGCGGAAACCACGCUAUGUCAGGCGCGAGCGGCCCCUGGACAGGGCCACGGACCCCGCUGGCCUCUCCCCGGUGGAGGCCCGUGUCAGCAACGUCUGACCCGCGGGACCCGACUGUGCCACCUGCUGCUCAGCAGACCCGGAGGGCUGGACGGGCCUGGACACAGCCAGACAGGUCACAGGCCUCGCUGGUGGCCCAAGUCCCAGGGUCCUGCCAGCCGGCCAGGCCACCAGGCUGCCUCCACGCGUCCCUGGUGUGCUGGCUGCAGGCAGCCCUUGGGUCCCCGUGGAGAAAGCCUUGGUGGCCUGGCCACCUUCCGCACCCUGGCUUGGGCUCAGCUGUGGGUCCCGGGUCCUCUGCUGCGACCAGCGUCAUCCGCUGCUAAAGUCUGGUGCACAACCAAGGGCGGCCUGACUGGGGGCCCCACGCUCCCCUGCACCCCGACGCCGCGCCGAGCUCCCGGAGACCCGGGCUGGGGGUCCAGCAGCGGGUGGGAAGGCGCCUCAAGUAAACUGCAUUCGCAGCUGUUUUCUCCCACGGCCGCCUGUGUCCCAGGAGCCUCUGUUCUCUGCAGCUCACAGGGUGCUUGGCUGCCCCAGGCCCGCACUGCCCUGCACCCCCGCCUGGAGCUGGGGUGGGCGGCUCCAGUCAGGCUGAGCCUGCUCGGGGCAGUGGAGGCAGGGGGCCCUCCGUGUGACGUCUGACGGGAACUGGGGGGACGGCCAGUGAGGCCCCAGACCCUGUGGGGUGGAGUCCUGGGGCCGGGGAGCGCCCAAUUUUCCAUGUCAGUGGAAUGGGCCGCCCUGCCGGCUUUGCCCCUGGGGCUGUUCUCUCCUCAUCCCCCUGCAUGAGGGGAAGGGCCAGGGGAGGUGGGGCAGCCGCACACCAGCCUCCGCACCGUCGGGGCCUGGGGAGCAGAGUGAAGGACUCUGGGAGGCCCAGUCUGGGCGAGGGGGGGCUGGGCGGGGGAGGAGCCCCACCAGGCAGGGACGGGUCGCCUGGUCUGGGACAGCAGGCCAGGGCGGCUCUGAGAGCCCAGCACCCACAGCUCCCCCCAGGCACACCCGUGGCGUGGGAGCCCCCGGACUCCUCCCCCAGAGCCUGCCUGUGAGGACAGAGGCAGCAGCCGAGGCAGGAGGGGAAGACGCCCUUAGCCGCCCGGAAACUCCCCCUCUGGGGGCCCCCCAGGCCCUUCCCUCUUUUAAUUCUGGGUCCUUUCUGCCUCCUCCCACGUAGUGGCCCAAAAGGAAAACCCGAAGCCACUGUCACACGCCUCUCUGUGGCCGGUCCCCACUGCUGCUCCUCAGCCAGCCCCCACUCGCUCGCUCGUGGCUCCUGCCAGUGGCACAAGGCCGGCCAGGGAGGGGCGUCUGGGCGUCAGGCCUGCCCCUGGGCCGGGGGAGGACGGCACCGGCCGGCUCGCCCCUGCAGAGGGUGGACCCAAGUGCCCCACGUCUCUGCGCACCUGGGCCCCUGGUGCCACAGAGCAGCUGCGGGGGUCAGACGGACCCUGGGGGUCAGCAGGUGCUCCAGCCCAGGGCAGGCGGCGUGGGGGCUGGGCCGAGGCAAGGACCCCGGUGGAGCCUGGCCUGGAGGCCUCUCCCCACAGUGGCCACACCGUGUCCCCUAGGCAUGGUGCAUCAGGGACUUGGAGCCGGGUGUGCCCCAUAGCCAGGUGGGCAUGGGGGACAGUCCUGAGAGGAGGUGAGCCCUUCUCCGCUCCCCUGGCCGAAGACAACGUCUGUGUCCAGCCCACGUCUGGACAGGGGUCAGCGAGGGCCAUGGCUAGGGAGCCCCAGGGCUGUGGGGUCGAGGGGAGGAGACCCGGUGCGCCCUCACACGCGUGCGUGUGGUCUCAGCCACGGCAGUGUUGGUGCACGGCUGCCUGUGCACCCACGUGCCCGCCGGCCAAGUCCCUCCACCGCCGGCCCCCUGAGCCUCCUGAGACCUCGUGGGGGCGGCUCCCACCCGGGUCCGGGACGGGGGGCCCCUGGCUCACUGCGCGAGCUCCAGCCCGCCCCAGACCGCGCAUUCCUCAGGUCUCCCGUCACCUGUGCCUGCGGGCACUGACGGUCCCCACGGAUCCCAGAGUGACCUCAGAGCUCGGAUAUUCCCAGGAGCCCUCAGGAGGAUGUUCUCAGAGUGGCAGGGACCAGAGCCACUUCCUGGAGGUGGCAGGUGACCCAGCGUCACGACCCAGAUGGAUCAUAGUGCCCCCCCACGG